AUGCUAGCCAUCAAGGGCAACACUUCUCUCCUCAACGCCCUAAACAAAGCGACCAAUCGAUUAUCAUCUCUCCGAUAUCUCGAGCUCGAUGUUCUCCCAGCCAUCCCGCCAGUCGUAUAUGCUCAUUCUCCAGAUCUCACCUUCUACAACGCGCCUCAGCUUUCCGAAGUCGUUAUGAAAAGCUCCCCAUCCUCAAAAGUAGUUAUUCCUUGGUCGCAGCUACUCUCCUUCAGACACGACAAAUCAGGGAUCUCCCGAGCACACUACGUCCUUGCACUUACGAGUCGCCUUGUUUCCUUGGACCUUCGCGCACUGGAUCUCAAGGAGACGAUGCCCCAGGGCACGUUGUUUACCCUCCAAUCACUUCAAAUAUCCUUUGCUGAUCAAGCCUUCGCGAAUUGUCUUUUUGACCGGCUAAUACUGCCCUCAUUAAGAUCAGUGUCGCUCACCAAACCUCCGGCUGGCCUUCUGGACUCCUUCACAAGGAUGAAUAUCGGAUUAUUCCCCAACAGCAAGCUGGAGCGAAUGUCUAUUUACAGCUGCAAACUCCAACCAGAGGAGCUUGCUUCCCUGCUGUUCGUAUUGUCCCGUCUCAGAUCAUUGCGUAUACCAUUUCCUCCGGAAAUCGAUCUCAUCACGUUGAAUAAACGAGGGACCACAUUCGCUCCUCGCCUCGAGAAAAUCGUUCUGGAUGUCGAUGCAGAAACCAUCCGAGAUCGAAUCACAUAUAUCUACAUGCUUGCAGAACACCGCUGCGAGCUCGAUGGGGAGCCGAGCGCAUCGCCGGCUAGUCCGAUGAUAAAGCACUUUGAACUCCAUUUGAACCAUCCGAAAACGAGUGUUCGAAGAUGUCAUUUCUUCGAAGUUCUGAAUCAUGGGCGAAUGGAAGCUUUUUCCGGCAUCCCACUGAGCGAUAUAUGGACUCUUCCGCGGAUAGGUAGUAUCCUGCGGGAACAAAUCCUAGACGCACAAACCUCACCGCUCUCAGAAGUGGCGCAGCCGCGGGAUUGGAAAGCGGUUCGUCAGGCCUUUGACGACUUGGAACACAUCGCUACAACAAACAAGGGUUAUGUAAAGCACUUCCUGACGUGUGGUAUUCCCACCGACUUGUACCGUAUUGCCACUGUGAACGGUGUCAACAUCGCCGUCAACGAGCACAAAUUUCCCCAACGGGCUCGCGCCCUCCUCGAGUCGUGGAUCCCCGAUCUCCUGCUUGAGGCUCCCCGCCGUCGGUGGCGCAUAACCGGCAACUCGCUCGCCUACUCCAACUCGCUAGUCUACGUUCCCAAACACGACCCGUUUCGAGAAUCCCCGGACUCUCUACAAAUGUUUUUUGGCGAGGGAUGGAAAGGCCUUGAGGUACCAUCUGUGAAGUUUGCCUUCGAUGUGGCAAUGGCUCCGCCCACAAAGACUCGGAUUCGGAGGGCACCUAUCCCAGCGCUGACCAGCGCGCUCACCACCGCGUCAUUUUGUUCCUUCGUCGUAUUAGCCACGCUGUUCAGAAUUUAG